AUGGCAGGCGUGUUUUUCCGGAUCAGUGGAGGGCUCUUCAAUCCAGCUGUCACCCUCGCGCUCGUGCUCAUCCGGACGAUCCCACCCUUCCGCGGUGCACUUUUCGUCGUCGCACAGCUCCUGGGCGGCAUCGUCGCCGCCGCCAUCGCCAGCGCCCUCCUCCCGGGGCCCCUGACGGUGCGCACCUCCCUCGGCGGCGGCACCUCGAUCGCGCAGGGCGUCUUCAUCGAGAUGUUCCUGACCAUCUUCCUCGUCCUCACCGUGUUUUUCUUGGCCAUCGAGAAGCAGCGGGCCACCUUCAUCGCGCCCGUCGGGUUCGGCCUGGCGCUGUUCGUCGCCAUGCUGGCGGGCACGUACUUCACGGGCGCCGGCCUGAACCCGGCGAGGAGUUUUGGGCCGUGCGUCGUGUUGGCCAGCUUCCACGGCUAUCACUGGAUCUACUGGGUCGGGCCGGGCCUGGGGUCGAUCGUCUCCGCGGGGUUUUAUGGGUUGAUGAAGCUGCUGAGGUACGAGACGGCGAAUGCGGGUCAGCACGGCCCCGAGAUUGAGAUGGAAAACGGGACGCCCCAAGUCCAUGGAGCGGAAAUGGGUCUCCUAACAAGAUCGGGACCGGAGAGUGGCCUGGCAAGAUCAUCAGUAAUGGGCUCAUAG